UGUUACUCAUUUGAAAAGUUUGUCAUUAAUCGAUCCGUCGUUUGUAAUUCCAGUGAAGUGGAUUUAUUCCUGUGUCGGUUGCCACUGGGUCACUGUUUAUCUUUUUAUGUUUCAUAAUGAAGACAGACGAUUCCGAUGUGGUCAUUAUCAAGGACAAUUUCUACGAGUUGCUUGGUGUCUCUCAAGAUUCAUCUGAAGAUCAAAUCCUCUAUGAAUAUCGCUUAAAAGCUCGGGAGUUCCAUCCAGACAAGAAUACGGAACUAAAUACCACUUUAUCUUUUCAGAAGAUCCAGAAGGCUAAAGAAAUUCUAACUGACCGACACCUUCGUCAGUUAUAUGACAUGUGGUUAUCUAGUGAUAUGAAUAUUCCAUUUAAAGAGUAUCUGCGUCUACAAAAGAAGUUUCAAGAGUGUAUGCACUGGCAUUCAGAUACUAGUGAGGGGUCGCGGAUGUUGCUUGGGGCUUCAAAUAUCGGUGAUGGUUUCAUGAAUAAAGCUGACCCAAACAAGUUCUGAAAUAAUUGCAUGUUGAGUGAAAUCCGUCAUUGUCUAUUACCUCUUAUUCUGUGCUUGAAAUUGGUUGUUCCACUUUUAUUGCGCGUUGCGAACUGGAAAUUCGAUGGUAAAUACAUAUGAUUCAGAUUGCUUAAAAUGUUUAGUAACGAUAAGCAUAAGAUUUUAUAUUCUGUUGUACGAAGUUGGGGGGAAACCAAACUACGUGACUCAUCUUGUAGGUGAAUUAUGCAUACGAGACGUGGCAAGUGCCUGUGAAACUAAGCAGGUCCAAGGUGAGCGUUAGGAGUGAAUCCGCAAUUGGUUCAGACGAUUACUACUAGGUAACACGCUUGAAUUUAUCGAAAAUUGUCAUCUGUAAUAACGACAAACACUGGUGUUCGCCAAUGAUGUACCCUGCCACUGCUGUCGUUCAUCUUGUAUGUGGACGCGUGAUGGAUUCAACUGGCUUAUAGCUGCUGCACUGAUUCGGUUAUUCUUGCUUGCAAAUCACACUGGGGAUGGAACGCUUGUUCUGUCGAGGUCCUAUCGUAUCAGAAGGGUCAGUGGGUUAGUGGUAAAACAGAAAGCAUUUGCCAUCAUGGUAUAAAUUGCUACGCUAUGAUGGAGGUCCGAGGGUCGAUUCGUACUGCUGACUGGACGAGUGUUACAGCAGUAAGAUGUUUUUCCCGGAAAACUAGAAGUACUGUGCUGAUGCUGCGUUCUCGUGUACAAAGCUUUUUCGAAAAUGUAGCUAGAAACAGCACUUUCUCCCUACCCUGGGGCCGGCUACAUGGGUUAGCAGAUGGUUUCUCAUAAGACAAAGCAAAAUAUCAAACUUUCAAUAAGGCCGUAUAUGACCAGUCUCAAGCAGAUAUCAUUUGGGCAGUGCGGUCAUGAAUUACUAUUACUAACCCUAUUUCUUUUUCUAUCGCCUCGAAAGAAAUAAUCCUACAUGGUAUGGGUAGAG